GGUUUGUAGGUUAGCUGUCAAUUGGCUGAAGAAAAAUCAAGUAUGUUUCGGUACACUUAACCAAACAUUGUGCAGGAAACAAACUCGACCAAUUUUGUUGGUUUUCUCUUUUUUUUUGUAAAAAACGGGGCAAACAUAAAAUAGCCAAAAAUGUUGGGGUUGAGAUCGAUGUUGUCGCGGCUAACCAUUCGAUCGCAAGCAUUUUAUCAACCCGUUCAAUGUAUUCACGUCAGUGAAGUGGAUUUGAAGGCGAGAAAAGGAACAAGAGAAAAACGAGAAAAAUUGAAAAAGAAAAACAAAACGGCAAAACUCACUACUAUUACCAAAGUUGGCUUUAUUCCUCGAAACAAAUUGCAUUUGAAAAAGGUUGAUAAACAUUUGACAAAUGAUUGGAAGGCUGAACCCACGGAUGAUGCAUUUCCAGGUCGUUACUAUCGAUGGCCACUAUUCAAAGUGAGCGACGCAAUUCGAUUCCAUAAAGAAAAUCUCGAUCCAACGAUGUGGAAUGCAUUGGAUUCACCGUUGAAUAUGUCUGUUGAAAUGGAUAUGAUGGGUGACAAACCCACCAGAAUGAUAUCAAACUUUCAAAAACUUGUUGUCAUCAAACAUCCAUUUGAGCAUGGCCAAGAGCGAACGAUUUUGGUUUUUGCAAAAGAAGAAGAGAAUCGAAGCAAUGCGAUUAGAGCAGGUGCAACAACCGUCGGUGGUCCAGAUUUAAUCAAGAGUGCUCUGAAGGGAAACAUUCGUUUCGCCGACUAUCAAUUCAUUUUGGCGCAUCCAGAUAUCAUGCCCGAAAUGUUGGCACUGCGUGGUUUGCUCAAAAAGAAGUUCCCAUCGGCCAAGAAUGAAACAUUGGGCAUGAAUUUGUAUGAAUUGGUGAUGAAAUUUAUGAAUGGUCUCUUCAUUUCCGGCAGACGAGAUGAGUUCCAGGAGAACUUUGGCAUUGUGAAUACCUCAAUCGGAUCGCUGAACAUGCCAACAGAACAACUGAUCGAAAACUUCAAUGCCAUAUUGACUACGGUGAAUGGUCAACGGCCGAAUCGGCCCGGAAAAUUCAUCACACGUGUACAUUUGACCACACCUUUAUCAAAUGAAAAGUUCAAAAUUGAUCCAGCUGACUUCCCAUUCGCUGACUAUGUACGGCCCGGUCAAGUACCAACUUUACCGCAGAAGAAAGCAAAAAAAGGCCAGGAAAAACCGACAUUCGUUCGAAACUAUCAAUUAUUCCGUACGCCUGUGUAAACAAACCAUGUUAGUUGUAAAUGAAAAAUGUGUUAAUAUCAAAAAUUGAAUAGAAUAACGACCGUUUUAGAGUUUUAUUCAA